UCAUUGAAAAACCUAAUGCUUCGCCUUCACCUUUACGUCCUCCUCAGUCGCCAACGUUUCAUCUAUUCGUCCCACCAGACAGAUACUCACAGAGAAAAACUUCUGAUUAAGCCCUAGAGAUGCUUGAAGUUUAUCGGAGCAGCUCAAUCGAGUGGAAGCCAUCGCCGGUGCUAGCCCUAGCCACCAGCGCCGACGACUCUCAGGUCGCAGCUGCUCGUGAAGACGGGUCACUCGAGAUUUGGCUCGUCUCUCCGGGCUCCGUAGGCUGGCACUGUCAGCUUACGAUACAUGGAGACCCUGAUUCGAGAGUUUCAUCGCUGGUUUGGUGCCGGUCGGGGCAGAGUAGCAUGCCGUCAGGUCGGUUGUUUUCAUCCAGCAUUGAUGGAUCGAUUUCGGAAUGGGACCUUUUUGAUUUGAAACAGAAGACUGUGCUAGAUUCCAUUGGUUUCUCGAUUUGGCAGAUGGCUGCUUCAACCUAUAAUGAUAUGCAGCUUCAUACAAAAAGGGAUAAUUCUGGGCAUUAUGAAAAUGGGCAUGCUGAUGGAAAAUUUAAUGGUGGUGGUGGUGGUGGUGAUGAUGAUGAAACUAGUGAGAGUGAGGAUGACGAUGACUCUGUUGUGUUACAUGAGGAACCUAUUAUUGAGGAUGCACGAGUAGCAAUUGCCUGUGAUGAUGGCUGUGUGCGCAUAUAUAGUAUUGAUGAGUCGGACAGGUUAAAUUACUGUAGAUCGCUGCCAAGGGUCAGUGGGCGUGUCUUAAGUGUGACAUGGAGUCCCGACGCAAAUAGGAUAUAUUCUGGGAGUAGUGAUGGGUUUAUAAGGUGCUGGGAUGCUAAAUUGGGUCAUGAGAUCUACAGGAUAACAGUUGGACUUGGAGGCUUGGGUAGUGGACCUGAACUCUGCAUAUGGUCAUUACUUGCACUUAGGUGUGGAACCCUUGUUAGUGCAGACAGUACUGGUAGUGUUCAGUUUUGGGACAGUCAGCAUGGAACUCUUUUGCACGCACAUUCUUGUCACAAGGGUGAUGUGAAUGCUUUGGCAGCAGUUCCUAGCCAUAACAGGGUGUUCUCUGCUGGUUCUGAUGGCCAGGUUAUACUUUAUAAGCUUGGUGGCGAAGUAGUUGGAUCUGGGGAUGACAGGUCUUCUAAAGUGAUGAAGAAAUGGGUCUAUGUUGGUUAUGUGAGGACUCAUACACAUGAUGUGAGGGCAUUGACCAUUGCGGUACCUAUAAGUCGAGAAGAUGUGUUGCCUGAUGAAAAGGUGAAAAGGGUUCGGGGUAGGGAGAAGCCACUUGAUUUUAGUUACCGUAAGUGGGCUCAUUUAGGGGUUCCCAUGCUUAUCUCAGCUGGUGAUGACACUAAACUUUUUGCAUAUUCCGCCAAGGAGUUCACGAGUUUCUCUCCGCAUGAUAUCUGCCCUGCACCAAGCAGAGUACCUGUUCAGCUAGUGCUUAAUACGGUGUUCAAUCAGGCUCCUUUGCUUCUAAUCCAGGCUUCUCACUGGUUAUAUAUUUUUUGUGUUCGUACAAAAAAGGGUGCGGUUCCUAAUGUUGCUUCUGCACCUUCUGGUGGUGUUGCUACCACAGAUUUGGUGGCUCAAGUGAAGUGCAAGGCAUCUCGGAAGAUUAUUUGCAGCACUAUUUCUCCUUCAGGGUUGUUUUUUGCUUAUUCUGAUCAUGUGAAACCCAGCCUGUUUGAGUUGAAGAGGAGUGAAGUCGGCAAACGUGUAUGGACUGUUAACAGAAGGGGACUUCCUCUGAAACUACCAUUUGCCCAUACGAUGGUUUUCAGUUCUGAUUCUUCUCGGUUGAUGAUAGCAGGGCAUGAUAGACGGAUAUAUGUUGUGGAUGUGGAAAGCUCAGAAUUAAUCCAUGCCUUCACACCUUGUCGUAGAGAGCAUGAUCAGGAAUUGCCACCUAGUGAGCCUCCCAUAACAAGAAUGUUUACCAGUUCCGAUGGGCAGUGGCUGGCUGCUAUCAACUGUUUUGGAGAUGUGUACAUUUUUAAUCUAGAAAUACAAAGGCAGCACUGGUUCAUAUCAAGAUUGGAUGGUGCCUCUGUUACAGCUGGCGGUUUUACACCUCGAAACAGCAAUGUGCUUAUAAUCUCCACCUCUUCAAACCAAAUUUAUGCGUUUGAUGUGGAGGCCAAACAGUUGGGGGAAUGGUCCAUGCGUCACACAUUUGUUCUGCCCAGGAGAUACCAAGAAUUUCCUGGAGAAGUCAUCGGGCUUUCAUUUCCGCCUACCUCAAAUUCGUCAUCUGUUAUCAUCUACAGUGCCAGGGCAAUGUGCUUGAUUGACUUUGGGAUGCCAGUUGAUGGAGAUAACGAUGGCGAUGUGGUCAAUGGUCAGGAUUCAGCGUUGAGAAAGUCACGAAAUCCUCCCAUUAAUGGAUUAUUAAAGCGUAGGUUGAAAGGCCACGAUUUAGAAACUAAACAUAGUGGUAGAAAGAAUUUUGAAUUUUGUGCUUUUAGAGAUCCUGUUUUAUUUGUUGGACAUCUUUCGAAAAAUUCUGUCUUGAUCAUAGACAAACCAUGGAUGGAAGUGGUUAAAACUUUCGAUGCCCAGCCUGUUCACAGACAUAUCUUUGGGACAUAACUGCUCCUCAAAGAUGGUCAGUAUAUUUACAGCCAAAAAGGGGGAGUUCAAAUGUGGCAGGUGACCCCUUCUCCUUGAUGUCACACUUUCUUCUCUGUGGUUGAUGGGGGUCUCAAGCAUGUUGUGUAAUGUAUUCCUUGAUAUUUUUUUUUAACAUAUUAAUGCAAUUUUUGUUUUAUUUGAAAUUUUAACUU